AUGGAGAGGAAGGUUGGGAUGAUUUCAAGGGCCCGACAAGGCGGUACGGUGAGAUUCAAACCCCUACUGAAUGGGAGCGAGCAGGAGUUUGUAGCCAGCAGGAGAAACACUGUUCUACAAACUCUGAAGAAGCUUCAGAUUCAAUGCAGUCGGGAUGAGGUGCCAAACAUUGCAUUACUGGGUUCUGGAGGAGGACAAAGAGCCAUGGUGGGUUUGCUGGGAUCCCUGGUUCAGCUUGAUAAAGCAGGUCUUCUGGACUGCAUCCUUUAUCUGAGCGGAGUCUCUGGAUCCACCUGGUGCAUGGCCUCCUUAUACAAAGAACCAGACUGGUCCACCAAACUAGAGACCGUGAAAGACAAAAUCAUCGAGAGAAUCAGCGGACCAGGAGUCAGCUGGGGAGACAAACUGGCCAAACUAAAGAAAUAUUACAAUGGGAAAGACUUCUUCAGCUUGACUGACAUCUGGGCAGUGAUGAUCGUCACAUCAUUUGUGAAAGAGAUCGAUGAACACACACUCACAGAGCAGCGGAACAAGAACAAUAAAGACCCAUUUCCCAUCUACACAGUGGUCGACAAGCAAAGCAAAGAGAGCAACGAUGGAGACCAGUGGUUUGAAAUCAAUCCAUAUGAAGCAGGUUAUUCCCUCACUGGAGCGUUUGUGGACACCUCCAGCUUUAGCAGCCAGUUUCACAAGGGCUCAAAGAAAAAACAUCAGGGUGAAUUUGACAUGCUGUACCUGCAAGCUCUUUGCGGCAGCGCUUUAGGAGAUGAACAGCAGAUUAAGGAAGAAAUCUUGGAAAAGAUACAAGAAUUCUUUGAAAAAAAAGACACAAUACUUGAGGCCAUGAGGAAAGAACAGCCUCAGAAGGAACAUGAAGAGGUUAAAAAAGAGAUGGAAUCAGUCUCCGUCCAUGGUGGGUUUGCUUCAGAUGAUGUUCCAAUCUCCCCACCCGUAGAUGGAUGUUACCAGGUGCUCAUGGAUCUUGUGGACAUGAAUCUCACUGUUUUGAAAGGCGAAGAUACUUCUCAUCUUGAUGAGUCCAUCAGAAGAAAUUUGAACGACCUCUCUGGAGGCACAAAUCACAGUAUUGGUUCAACUGAAAAACUGGAAACUGCUGAUAUAAUGAAUUUAACCAUGGAUGUGUGCAACAAUUUGAGGGGUCGGAUCAAAUUUUGGCUAUUUGAUGCUUGGAUUGGUAUGUUUGAAUGCGUGACUCAGUGGAUCUGGGGCAGGAAAUAUAACUUCCUCCACAACAUGACAGAUGGAGCAGUGCCUCCUGCUCUUCUGGAAAGUGAGACGAGAGACUAUAUAGACGCCGGACUGUCGAACAACUCACCCUACUUCUCAGUGCUGAGAAAAGAAAGAGACAUUGACCUCAUCAUUUCCCUGGAUUUCAGUGCCGGCGAUCCUUUCAUGACAGUGAAGGAUGCUGCUGAUACAUGCAAGAAACUAAACAUCCCUUUCCCUGAAGUCAACAUUCCCAGUGAAGACAAGGACAAACCGAAGGACUUCUAUGUGUUCAGAGGCAAAAAUGCUCCAACUGUGAUUCACAUCCCUCUGUUUAAUGUGGUCAACUGUGGAGAUAAAAUUCAGACCUGGCAGGAUAAGUAUCGCACCUUUAACAGUUCUUACAGCGCUGAGAUGAUCACUGAUCUUAUGGAAGUCGCUGGAAAAAACAUCUCAAACAACAAAAAGAAACUGCUGGAGGAGAUUCGGGUGGCCGUUGGAAAAAAGGAUCCAGGCGCUUUAUAAUUAACCUCAAUGACAAAUGAGAAUCUGAAUAUAGAAUAAACUGAUCUGAAUAUCAGUCAUUUCACAGUAAACAGUGUUUAAUUUUUUGUCUUAAUAAUUGUUUAAUCAUUUGAUAGCAAAAGGCACAAAUGCUUAUUAUGGUCCUGAAAGCUGAUUGAUCAAUUGUGCUAAAACACACAGCUGCCUUAUAUAUUUUUACUUUAGUAUUUUGGACACAGAUUAUUUGAAAUGGAUGGUCGUUUUAAUUUCAAAAGGGUUAUGGUCAGUGUUGGGAAAGUUACGUUUAAAAGUAAUGCAUUAGAAUAUUGCGUUACACCACAUAAUAGUAACUAAUUGUGUUACUUUUUAUAGAAAGCAAUGCAUUAUGUUACUUUUGCAUUACUUUUUGUCACCUGAGCUGGGCUUGCGUAUUUAAAAAAAAAAAAAAAAAUUGGCAACUGUAAAGGCCCUUUCACCCCAAAAGUGAAAUGAAUAAGACUCAAGCUGAAGAAAAUGCCUCUGCCUCUGCACUUGCUCCCGAUUUUUCUCAAAAUGGGGACAGAAGAGGUGUCAGUGAAUAAAUAGGAAAACAAAGUAACUUUCAUUACUUAUUUUAAAAAGUAACUUGAUAUUUUCUUGUAAAUUUAAAACGAAUGCGUUACUUUACUAGUUACUUAGAAAAAAAUAAUCUGAUUAUGCAACUCGCGUUAUUUGUAAUGUGUAACAGCAGAGUGACGGUCUCUCUCUCUCUCUAUUCAGUUUAUUUGUACAUAAAUCUCAUUCUUGUUUUUAUUUUGUAUGACAAAUAUGGAUUCAAAUGACAAGUCACUGCUGAACUGAAUGUUUUUAGUUUUAUUGAUGUUAUUCUUGUUAAUAAUGUUCUACGGCUCUAGUAUAUUCAACAAAUAGUCAUAAAAUCACUGUGCAUUCAUAAAUUAAUUGUAAUAAAAAAAUUUUUAAAACUUGACAAAGUAAUUUAGUGUUCAGUUCACUCAUGAGACAUGUCACCAAACUCCAUAAAAUGUUAUUUAAUAAUAUCAUACAUAAUUGCAGCUUUUUUUAUUAGUCAGAAUUGUGGGAUAUAAAUUUGAGAGAAAAAAGUAUAAUUGUGACGUUUUUUUAUUUUUUAUUCAGUGGCAAAAAUAAGCUUCCAUAAUAGACUGAGCUAUGAACAUUGCCAGAGAUUUGAUAAUAAUAACAAUAAUUAAACAUUCAAUUCUCUGAACAUUAAAAAAGCUUCCUCUUCUGCAUUUCAUUUUAUAAAGCAUGUAUUGUACUAUUGUUGGCCCUUGCAGACUUAUUCCUCAUUUGUAAUUUGCUUUUGAUAAAAGUGCUAAAUGUUUUUGUUUUACUAUAUAAACAUGGAUGCCACUGAUGACGGCGCCUCUCUAGAAAAAUCAGCACGACUAGCUCAAGCUGUUUUUGUUAACUAGAAGAUCUGGACAGAACACUCAAAACCCUAUGACGCUUGGAGCUGGAUUGAUUUAUUUUCUUUGGGUUUGAAGGUUCUUUUUUUUUUUUUGGUCAUUUAUUUUAUCAGCUUGGUUUGGGAGCUGAAUUCUUAACAUAUGUCAGCUAGUUACCAUACCUGCCAUUAACGUAUUUCUGAUAAUUUAAAAUAAAACCUGUAUGAAAAGAUAAAUUAUGCUGUAAAAUUUCCCAUCAGAACAUAAUGAGGUAACACUUUAUUUUGAUGGUCCCUUUUGAACAUUUUGUUGACACUAAGUAAUGUUGCAUCUACAUGUCAACAAACUCUCAUGAGAGUAUUAGUAGACUGUCUGCUUCAUAUCUACUAACUCCUUAUUGUGUUGGUCUCCCAACAGAUAUUCUACUGACUAUAAGUAACUUUGCAAGAAUGUGUCAACUUAAUCUAACCCUAACCCUACCAGUCAACUAAUACACUACUAACACUCUAAUGAGAGUCAGUACAAAUGUAGGUGCAACAUUACUUAUAGUCAAUAGAAUGUGUUAAAGGGACCAUCAAAAUAAAGUGAAACCCAUAAUGAUACAUUGAAAUGAAUGAUUCUCAGCAGAGCCAAAUCUAAGUAAAUCAGUAUGCAUAUAAAAUAUCAAUAUGAAUGUACCAGCAAGUAAAAUAUUAUAUAGAAAAUAUUUAAUCUCAGAAGAUGAUUAUAUGAUAGGCCUUAAGUUAUGUGGAUAUGUGAAUAAGUAUACAGGUGUUUCUUAUUAUUGGCACAUUUAGCCCUAUGGACCUAUUCCUUAUUUUCAUUUCUUACACUGCCACUGUUUUAUUAUUAUUAUUAUUAUUAUUAUUAUUAUUAUUUGUUUAAACAUAUGUAAACAUUUAUCAGAUUUCCUGAAAAUCGCGAAGGUUUCCAUAUUACAGUAACUCAUGUAUUGUUUUGACAGCAUUCUGUGGUGAAAUGCAUCCAUUUCUCAAAAUUACAGCUUGAUUGAAAAUACCCAAU